GCCGGAUUGUGCUUCUGACUGUCAGAUAAAGCGGCGGGCCGCCGGCGGGGCAGUAAGACAGCCCGGCUGGACAUGGCGGCGCUCUACGCCUGUACCAAGUGCCACCAGCGCUUCCCCUUCGAGGCGCUGUCUCAGGGGCAGCAGCUGUGUAAGGAAUGUCGGAUUGCACACCCUGUUGUGAAGUGCACCUACUGCAGGACUGAAUACCAGCAGGAGAGUAAAACCAAUACAAUAUGCAAGAAGUGUGCUCAGAAUGUGCAGCUGUAUGGAACGCCCAAACCUUGCCAAUAUUGCAACAUAAUUGCUGCAUUUAUUGGCAAUAAAUGCCAGCGUUGUACAAAUUCGGAGAAGAAGUAUGGACCACCAUAUUCUUGUGAACAGUGUAAACAACAGUGUGCGUUUGACAGAAAGGAUGAUAGAAAGAAGGUAGAUGGGAAACUGCUGUGUUGGCUGUGCACACUUUCAUACAAACGAGUCCUUCAGAAGACCAAAGAGCAGAGGAAGCAUCUGAGCAGCUCUUCCCGCUCUGGCCACCAGGAGAAGGAGCAGUACAGUCGACUGAGUGGUGGUGGCCAUUACAACAGCUUUUCCCCAGACCUGGCUCUGGACUCACCAGGAACUGAUCACUUUGUCAUCAUUGCCCAACUGAAGGAAGAAGUGGCUACUCUGAAGAAGAUGCUGCAUCAAAAGGAUCAAAUGAUUUUAGAAAAAGAGAAGAAGAUUACAGAGCUGAAGGCUGAUUUUCAGUACCAGGAAUCUCAAAUGAGAGCCAAAAUGAACCAGAUGGAGAAAACUCACAAAGAAGUUACAGAACAAUUGCAGGCCAAAAACAGAGAACUUCUGAAGCAGGCGGCUGCCUUGUCCAAGAGCAAGAAGUCUGAGAAGUUGGGAGCUAUCACUUCUCCAUGAGAAACUAAUAGGAGGCUGCUCCAGCAACAGCAGAUGGA